AUGUAUGAUUUUUGCCUCUUCAAUGCUAUAACAAAUGGCAUUGACCUCAAAGAUCCCGUUGGCAAAAUCAAACGUGAAUUGAAGCAAGCUUAUUUAAAAAUUACAAAGAAAAAUAAUAUAGAAACGUCCAUGGAAAGUUGGGACGGCCUCUAUAAUACAUACAUUAUAGAACCAACAAAGGCCAUGCAAGCUAUGGCUUUAAUAGCUGAUUUACAACGUCAAAAUGUUAAUGAUGUUGUAAAAGCAAUCGCAAAAGCGAUUGCAAAAAUAUCAUUAAGUGGCGCAUCAACGGAUUAUGAUGAGUUAUUGUUAUCAGGAAUUCUGGAUGUCGAAGGAUUGAACAAGAAGAAUUCUUCGAUAAUGCAUGAUCUUAUGCAGGAGGGGCUAUGGGAUUCAAUUGAUGAGCCCAUACCUCUUAUACCACUGUCUGAUGACGUUGCAAGCUUUGUUGCUAAAUGUGUUCGGAAAUGUGAAAAAGGCAGUGAAGCCAAGAUUCCAAAAAAAGGCGGCCCAGACAAGAGAUUCGAUAUAUUUGGAAUUUAUCCGAAUGAAAUUUCUAAUUUAGAAAUUUUAUUUGGAGAAAUUUCUUAUGGCCCUGCAAAUGAGACUAAGAAGCAUACGGGCGAUGAUAGAAUCAAGUUGGGAAAAGG